ACCGAGGGAGAUCCUAUCAUAGAACCUCCUCUCCUCAUCCCUAAAAGAACGUAGACAAAUAAGGCGCGCAAUGGAAUGCUUCUUCCCUUACACGCUCCCCUGAAGUUAAAUUUAUAGUAUUUAAUUUUACUAUAGUUGUCAAUCCUGUUAUUCAGCAUUUUAGUUCUAUAGUUCCUAAAUGUGUAACCGCGAGCACGGUAUAACAACUCAUAAAGCAAUAUCAGUUCUGACAGUAAUUUUUUGACGUAACAUUUUUCUUAGUUCAUUAUAAAUAAGUAGUGAUUAGCUCGUAAGAAUAUUUCUUCCCUCAAUGCAUCAAAAUAUAAAAGCCAAUGAAACGUAAUAUUAUCCGUUAGUAGUCUGAUUUUGGUUAGCACGAUCAUUUUUUCGAACGGUUAUAACCAAAUUUCCGCCUGUUUUCUAUUUAGUAAACUAUUAAAUUUACGUAGCGAGGACAAAGAAGCGUAGCAAUUAAAUUCCAUGCAAUUUGAAAAUAAGUCGAAAUGAGUAAGAAAUGGAAUCGACAUUCAGAUUCGAAUGGAGAACUGAGCGAUGGUUCGAUUCAUUCAUGUGAUGUACUCCGUAUUACAGAUUGCAACUGUUCAUCCAUUGGGAAAGCAGUUAAUUUUAAUGAAAUGAAGAAAUGUGGGAUGAAUAUAAAAUGUACAACAGGUUGUAAAGAAUGUACAAGUGAUUCAAAAAAACCUAAGGAAGAGGAAUGUGCAAUGAGCUCUAGGAUGUUAAUUUGCUUGGAAUGUGCGCAUCAAGGUUGUGGAAAGAAAGAGUCUGAACAUGCUUUAGAACAUUAUAAAAAGCUGCAUUGUGACUCAUGUCAUUCCAUAGCUGGGUUUGGUUCAAGCUUUUGGUGUUUUGAUUGUGCAGUAGAAAUUCAAAACGAGACUACUAAUGUAGAUAAGAAAGAGCAAAAACAAAUUUUAUACAAUCUUCCUAAAGUAGGGGGCUUAAUGAAUUUGGGAAACACUUGUUUUUUCAAUGCAGUUUUACAAUGUUUAGCACAAACACCUUUCUUAGUGAAGGUCUUAGAGGAUUUACGUCUUCCCGGACAAAAAUUCGUUUUGCCAGGAGGAAAGCACAAACCUGCCAAUAGCUCAGAAGAAGUUGAACUGCCUCCAAUAGAAGGCACUUUAGAAGGCUGGGGCAGUUUCACUUCAAUUUUAUGUAAGACACUUAUAGAAAUGCAAAAUUCUGACGGACGUCAAGCUUAUCGUCCGUCCGAGAUAUUAAAUUCGUUUAAGAAGAAAACUAUGCAGUGUAUGGACGGUGGACAACACGAUUCACACGAACUUCUUAGACAUCUUUUAGAACUAGUUCGAAAUGAGGAUCUUAGGAGAUAUCAAAGUAUAAUUUUAAAAGAAGUUGGUUUGAAUGAAAAAACUAAUCCAGAAAGAGUAGAAAAUAGCCUCAAAUCUCGGGUAAAAUUUUAUGGAAAUCAGGCUAGCGCAAGAUUACUUGGGCCGGAACUUGUUUUUCGUGGAGUUUUAGUUUCGACGUUAGAGUGUCUUGACUGCCAUCAUACAUCUCAAAGUAUGGAACCUUUUCUAGAUCUAAGUAUACCGGUGAUGGCUGACAAACCGCAACCACCAGUUUUGAAGAAGAACAGUGGUUUUGAUGAUACUUUCAACGUUAUGGGAAAUAAUAUUUCACAUACACCCUCAAAAUAUCAACUGAAAAAGGAGAAGAAGCCUGUUCGAAAAAAUCGGAAAAAUAGAAAACAAGAAAAUCGGAAUCAUGACAAUGACGAUAAUUUUAUAUCUGAUAAGAAUAAUAUUGCUGAAGAGAACAAUGGCAGUAUACGUGAAUCAGAAAAGGGUGAUGCAGAUGUAGAAGAUAACGUAGAAGCAGAUCACUUUAGUACAAAAAUGUUACCCGGCCCAAGUCCAAUGAAUACAUGUGUAACGAAUUCACCACAAGGAAAAACUUUGGACGGAUUGGAUAGUUCGGAGAGUGUAGAAAACGAAAGUGGAAUCCAAACUGGAUCGUCUUUUUCUACAUCUUUAGUUAUGAAUUCAGAUUUAACGAGUCCGACGGUUCCAACAAUUAGUCUUAGUUCAGUUACGUCUAAAGAAAGUCCAAAUAGUCCUGUUUCUGGUGUUACAAAUGGGGAAAAUUUAGAAAAUAUUAAGAGACCAUUGUCCAGACUUAAUCUGAUCGAACCAGUUGGUCCUAUUGAACAAGAGGAAGAAGAAGAAGCUAUUUGGGAUGACUGGAAAGCAAGGAGGAAAACGGAAGAAUAUUCAAGCGAAGUUAGUAAUGGAAUCAAUGGUAUUACAUCUGAAAUUUCAAAAAUAGGUAUCAGUUGCAAUCUUCAGCAAUCACCUACUAGAUAUCCAACUAAGGAAGGAGAAUAUUCAAUACAGUCAUGCUUAAAUCAAUUUACGGCAUUAGAGUUGAUGAGUGGUAGCAAUAAAGUUGGUUGUGAGGCUUGUACUGCCAGAGAAAAAAAGGUAAAAGAAAAUUGUAAGAUGAUAUGUACUCCAAGUACAAAACAAUACCUGAUCUCUCGAGUACCUGCGGUUUUGAUUUUUCAUCUGAAACGUUUUCAAGCACAACGAACCGAGUUCCGAAAAGUUUCAAGACACGUUUCGUUUCCUACGUUACUUGAUCUAGCACCUAUUUGUAAGAAUCAUAAGAAACCUAGGGUUUAUGCACUGUAUGGGGUUGUUGAGCAUAGUGGAACUAUUCGUGGUGGACAUUAUGUUGCUUAUGUGAAGAGUCGAUUACCAUUAAAACCAGACGAUCCUCGAUGGUCAUUUUUACCGCCAAAGGAUCCCCAAGACACGCAAGAGAAUUCAUGUUCUUCGAGUUCUGAUUCUGAAACUGAAGAAGCAACUGCAACCCUUUCAUCUGCAGUGAAACCGCCACCUGGAAAAUGGUAUCUUAUUUCGGAUUCUAGAGUAUCAGAAGUCGAUGAAAAGACUGUACUGCAAAGCCAAGCUUACCUUCUCUUCUACGAGAGAAUUUUUUGAACAUUAUUUAUUAACAGCCGCUAAAGUAAAUCACGAGGAACUUGAAUUUUACAACAGUAAAAUACAAAUAGUGAAAGAGAUUUUUAAAUUCUAUGAACUUCGAUUGUUUGAACUGAUCAAGAACAAUAUACGAAGAGAUUUACUUCUGAAGCUAUGGACUUUAACAGAGAACAUUAUAACUGUGGGAUGUAUAGUUUUUUUAAUGGUACCGAUCAGAACCUUUUAUUAAAAUUGUUUUUCAUUAUAUUUAAAAUUGUCAACUGAAUAUUGUAUAGCAUUUUCUAAGUGUUAUUUUAAUCUAUAUUACGAUCAAUAUUAUGAUCAAUAUUUAAAAUGCCACUAUUAAAUACUUGUGUGAACUUCUGAUAAUGAAUGCUGUUUGUACUUUGAUACUUACACUUCGUCAAAGUUAUAAAAAUUUGUUGCACUAGUUAAAUGAAACAUUUUAAAUAAUAGAUAAUAAACAUUGCAUUUAAAAUCUAUAAGUGAAGGUAAAUAUUUUUAUCAAGAAUUUUUUGAAAUUAUACUAACUAAUAAUAAGUAUAAAAGUUCGUGUACUACACUUCCAAAAAUUGUUUAUAAAUAUAUUACAACGUUUAAAAAAAAAAUAGAGUUUAAAUACGUACAUAAAGUGAUAAAACAGCAAUCAUUACUAAGAUAUGGUUAACAAAAGGAAUAAGGACAAUUGUAAAGCCAUAUGAAUGAAUAAAAGUGAAAUUUAACUAUUGCUAUUGAUUGAAACAAAAGUUUCCACAAUUUUAAUUUUUUUUUUUCUUUUUUAAGAGGAAUUUAUUUAAGAAACAUUUUUUUUUAUUUUAACCAUUUUUAAAACUUGGAUAUUCCCUCAUAGCAUUCAAUUUAUAG